AUGCCUAAAAAACAACGAUACCACUCCGGAGUCGGCGGAGGCGGAGGAUACCACGCCUCCGGAGGAGGUAAAGGAGGACGACGACAAAAAGAGGAGGCUCCUUCCACCUUUCGAAACCAAAAGCUCACCCCUGUACAAACGAUCAAGCAGACGAAAACGACGCUGAAGCGAUUAAAAAAAGACGGAACCUUCGAUUCCAUUCGCUCGCGCUUAGUCAACGCGAUACUCCAAAACGAAACCUUGAAAACGUACGCGUCGUUCGCAGUCACCGCGUCGACGCAGAUGAUGCGUUUACGAAACAUGAAUACUACUACGAAUGAGAAAGUAAACGCGCAGACGAAGAUGGCGAUAAAACGAGAAUUGGAGUUGGAUCUGUCCAGGGAAGUCUCCAACGCGUGCUGGAACGAACUCGCGGAGAAGGACGGAGAGAUAGCGAGAGCGGUGCAAAAAGAGAUUUUUAGGGAGAGGAAGAUGCGGUACGAUUUGAAAGAGGAGAAGAUUUUGAAGAGGAAUAAGAUGAAGAAGAUAAAGAAGGUGGGAAGGAGACUCGCGAGGGGAGGACGGUAA